AUGGCAGUGGUUCAUGAUUUUAUUUGCCCACCUGAAUUUGAGCCUGAAGAAGUGAACCCAGAUGAUCCAUCUCAAAUUAUUGCUGAUUUUGAGGAUGAGAAUAUUGAACUUUGGAUGAUAAAGGCCCCUUUUAAUUUUGAUGUUUCCCUCUUAUCAGGACAUGAACUAAAAAAUCACUUCAAUAUUCCUUCAAAAGACAAGUCUGAUACUGAAUAUGUUGCAGUUGCCACUGAAAACCAUCCAAUGCAUCAAAGCCUUCAAGCUGUAGUCCCUCAUAAAUCAAAAAAUAAAUUGAAAAUAGGUCCUUCCUUCAAAGGUUACAUAGAUAUUGUUCAAUCAGUGGCAAUACCUAAAUGUGACAAUCCAACUCUUCCUCAAGAAAAAACAUACCACAUACCUUCAAACCUCAAACAAAGAUAUAUACCUUAUGGAUCACGCUCACCACCAAGAAUUUCCAGCAGUCAGAUUGUCAAAACAAAGUCAAAGAAACGAAAAAGAAGUUCAGAAUUAUUAUCUCUUCCAAUGUCUGACUUUGAUGCCUCCCAAGUGAGCCAGAUGGAAUCUGAAGAGCCCCAUUUAAAGAAAAAGAGGAAGAAAAAUAGGGAAAAAGAUCUUGAUGAAAGUACCGUGUCUGUUGGUGAGAUGACUUGCAGUGGUUCUGUAUUGUCAUUCCAGGCAUCAGAAACAGUAUCUGAAUCUUAUCUACCAAGUUCUGUUACAAUGGAAGAGGUUUGUAGUGAGAAAAAAAAGAAAAGAAAAAGAAGCAGACACAGCCUAGAGGAAAACCUUUUGAAAUCCGUUCAAGGGGAGACACCGAAGUUGAAGGAGUUUUAUACACCACAUUGUGAUGAAGAACUGACACAAGUAAGAGAGAAGAAAAAAAGAAAGAAAAACAGAGAUGAAAUAGAUGAAACCUUUUUUGAAAAUCUUCAAGGUAUAGGAAAUACAGAAUCUUUUAAAACUCAUACAAUGUCAGAAGAAAAGAAGAAAAAGAAACACAGAUUUGAAAAAGAGAAGGAAGAGAAGAAAAUUGAAAAUGUUGAUGAAAACAUGACAGCAGGAGAAUUGGCAAGAAAAGACAGUGGUUUUGGGUCUUUGGAAAUGGAAUUUGAUCAUUUGAAUUCUCUUGAUUCAGUGCCUGAACAAAUGGUUUCUUCAUCACACAAGAAGAAACAUAAAAAGAAGUCACUUUCAGAAACUUCAUUAGAUGAAACCUAUUCACAAUUGAAUAUACCAAAAACUAAUGAUGAGAGCAAAACUGAACAUGUUAAUCAGGAUGUGAUGGCCAGUUCUUCGCACAAGAAGAAACGUAAAAAGAAAUCACACUCAGGAAAUUCUUUGGAUGAAACCAAUGCACAAUUCAGUAUACCAAUCACAAAUGAUGAACAGAAGAACAUUGAUGAUGUUAUUCAUAAUGAGAUGGUCAGUUUUAUGGACUCUGCUGUAGAAUUGUCUAGGGCAGACAGAGACAAUAAAUCUUUGGAAUUCACUCAUUUGAAUUCUCAGGAUUCAGUGCAAGAACAAACGGUUUCUCCAUCACGCAAGAAGAAAAAAAAAAAGAAAAAGAAUUCACUGUCAGAAAAUUCAUUAGAUGAAACUUAUUCACAAUUGAAUAUACCAAUCACAAAGGAAGAUGAGAAAAACAUGGAAGAUGGUAAUCAGGAUGUGGUAGCCAGUUCUAUGGACACUACAGGAGAAUUAGCCAGGAAAACGGUUUGGUAA